ACAAAUUAAAUGUUAGAUCCGAAUAUCCUUUUCCAACGAAAGUUAUUUCCUGUUCGGCAUGCGCAGUUGUCUAAAUUCCACAAACCUUGUUUACAAAAUAUUAUUUGAGUUUACAACUGCAUUUUAGACAAGAUGACGGACGCAGAUGGAGAAAUAUUGGCUAAGAUCCACUACUACUGCCGAGAGCAGUACUUCUGUCACAUGGAGGAUGCCGCUGAUGAGGGGUUAAAAAAAUACUCAAAUGAUGGCGUCCUAAAGUUCUACAGAGCGUAUGCCAUGAUAUUGCAAGAUCGUAUCCAGGAAGGGAUGAGAGAACUGGAUGUUUUGAAAGACAAGCGGGACGUUAACCUGUGUUCCACCAUGGCCCUGAUGUUAGCUCACAAGAAGGGAAACUCUGUUGAUCGCGAGGCAGUGACAGAGUUAGAUGCGAAGUUGAAAGAGGAAAGGAAACAGUCUGGGGAAAUGGGCCUAUACUAUGCUGGGCUGUUCCUGUUUCUCACCGGAAAGCAUGACAAAGCUAGAGAAUACAUCGACAGAAUGUUGAAACUCAAUGGCGAUAAUGCUGAGGGUCUGGUGUUGAAAGGCUGGAUUGAACUAAUGAGCGGGCGAGAGGCGAAAAAGGCUCUCAAGUACUUUGAUGAUGGUCUCUCAAAGUCUGUUGGUGGUAAAAACAUUGAUGGUCUGCUCGGCAAGUCUCGACAUUUUGAAGCAAAGCACAACUACAGCGGUGCACUAGAUGCAGUCAACCAGGUGAUUGUACACUACCCAAACUUUCUCCCGGCUCUCAUCGAGAAAAUGAGAUUACAACUCUCCCUACAGGAUUGGGAAUCAUCCAUUGAGACAGCACAAAGAGCUCUUGGCGUGGACAUGCACUGUUUGGAGGCUAUGAGAUACAUGGCCCUGCAUCUUCUGUGUCGGGAAGGAAACUAUCCUGAGGCUGCCAGUAAGAUAGGGGACAUCAUCACAACACUGGACAGAUUUGAGUCUAAGAAUGCCUCCCUCUACUGUAGCAUGGCCCAGGUCUUCUGUAGGCUGUGUGGUCGUAACUCCCUAGUCCUACAGCAGACCUACACUCUGAUGGAGCGAGCUGUGAGCCUGAGUAGCCAGAACUCCGAGUACAUCACAGAACUGGGCUUCCAGUUGUUACUACAGGGGAAAAUGAAGGAUGCUAUGAGGUGUUACAAGAAUGCCAUGAAGAUAGAUGAGACCAGUGUUUCUGCUCUCACUGGUAUAAUCCGCUGCCAGCUCCAUGACAACCAGCUAGACGAUGCCGCUCAACAGUUGGAGUUUCUCGGUGAGAUACAACAGAGCAUUGGAACUUCAGCAGAGCUGGUAUACAUGAGUGCUGUACUGGCAAUGAAGAAAAGUACAGGACCAGAGAAGUGCCUUGAACUCCUCAAUACCUGUAUUGAGACACACUUCAAGAGCCUUAAGGGUUUUCCACUGGGUAUCGAGUAUUUCCGACUCAUGAAUCCAGACUUCCUGCUCCAAGUGAUCAAGGAUUAUCUACAGUUUGCACCACAGACAAACAUGUUGGAACAUGGAACCAGAAGACAGCCAGUGGGCGCAGGCCAGGCAGUGAACCCGGUGUUGAAGAGGUGUAACCAGGUGUUGGACCCGCUCACCCGAGCAGUGCCCGGGCUUCUAGAGGCACUGUUUCUCAUGGGGAAGGUCAAAUUCCUUGCAGGAGAGAUAGAGCCCGCCCAGUCCACUCUACAACAUUGUAUAGAUGUAGAGCCCACCUAUUCAGACGGCCAUAUCCUCAUGGCACAGAUACAUCUUAACCAGAACAAUUUCAAACUCGCGAAUCAGUCACUGGAGGUUGGACUAAGUCACAACUUUGAGGUACGAGACCACCCCCUGUACCACCUGAUUAAGGCGCGCAUACAGAAGAAGCAGGGAGACAAUGAAGAAGCAGUCCGUACUCUCCAGAUGGCCAUGUCCCUACCCGGCAUUAAAGCCACAAGAGGAGGUUCGGCAGCCUCUAGACGGCCAACCAAGUCCAACAUAGGAACAAACGACAGGGUAUCUGUGUACCUAGAACUGGCCGAGGCUCAUAGACUUCUUGGUAACCAGCAUGAGGCAGCAAAGGUCAUGCAAGACGCCAUCAACGAUUUUCAAGGUUCGGGGGAGGAAAUGAGAAUAACCAUUGCCAAUGCAGACCUCUCCAUAGCGAGAGGAGAUGUAGAAGCUGCUAUCACCAUGCUGAGAAAUAUCGGCCCCAACCAGCCAUACUUUGUACAGGCUAGGGAGAAAAUGGCAGAUAUCUAUCUUCACCAUAGAAAGGAUAAGAAACUGUAUGCCAGUUGUUAUAGGGAGUUGGUUGACAAGAACCCGAGUUCCCACACCUGUCUGCUGCUGGGGGAUGCCUAUAUGAGCAUACAGGAGCCAGAGAAAGCUAUAGAGGUGUAUGAGUCAGCAUUGAAGAAGAACCCCAAGGAUGGAACCCUGGCCAGCAAGAUUGGACAGGCCCUCGUGAAAACACACAACUAUGGAAAGGCUAUCAACUACUAUGAGGCAGCCCUGCGGUCUACAGGCCAGAGUUUCCUGCGUUAUGACCUCGCUGAACUCCUGUUGAGGCUGAAACAGUAUGACAAAGCUGAGAAAGUCCUUAAAGUCGCCCUGGAAGAAGAACAAAAUGGCGAGCUUGACAUCAUGAUUGACCAUACAAGGUUCAUGGUACUGCUGGCCAAGGUCUACGAGAAAUCUGCACGGCUAGAAGAUGCCAUGUUGUCUCUUACCAAGGCCAGGGAGAUGCAGGCAAGAGUGUUAAAGCGGGUGCAACUAGAACAACCAGAUGCUGUUACUGCACAGAAACAACUGGCAACUGACAUCUGUAGCCAGAUGGCCCUACAUUCCAGCGGACAACGAGACUUUGACAAGGCUAUCACUUACUACAAGGAGGCUCUUGUGUAUAACGAAAACGAUGGCAAGAUAAUGCUGGAUGUAGCAGGCCUGUAUUUGUCGACUGGUGACCUUGAUGCCUGUCAACACCAGCUGAUGACCCUGCUGAAGAGUGACAAGGAGAAUGACGCUGCCACCAUUAUGUUGGCAGAUCUGAUGUUCCGGAAGAAUGAGUAUGACUCAGCCAUGUUCCACUUUCAACAGCUGCUACAGUUAAAGGCUGACAACUAUGAUGCCCUAGCCCGUCUUGUUGACCUGAUGCGGCGGGCUGGAAAGCUUGAGGAGGUUCCAAAGUUCCUUGACAUGGCAGAGAAUGCCUCCCCUCGGUCCAAGGUGGAACCAGGGUUUAACUACUGUAAAGGACUCUAUGAAUGGUACACGGGGAACCCCACUGCCGCUCUCAAACUGUUCAACAUGGCCCGUAAAGACUCUGACUGGGGUCACCAGGCCACAUUCUCUAUGGUGGAGAUAUGUCUCAACCCUGACAGUGACACCAUAGGAGGGGAGGUGUUUGAAAGUGUGGAGGGAGAAGUCAGUCAGAGUGAGAGCAGGGAGAAGACGGACAGUGAACAGAUGGCUGUACGGACAGCAGAGAAACUACUCAAGGAGUUGAAGCCCAAGCCGGGCGACCAGAGACCCCAGUAUCUGGCCAAUAUGGCCCUGAUAGCCACCAAACAGAAAGCGAACGUGGAGAAAGCCAUUAACAGCUUCAUGGAGAUGGUCUCAGAUGAGAAAUCAAAGACUAAGAAACAGGAGAAUGUUGGUGCUCUGUACGGUGUUGCAGCGGGUUACAUGGUUCUGAAGCAGACACCACGAGCCAGGAACCAGCUGAAGAGGGUUGCCAAGAGCAACUGGAACAUGGUGGAUGCUGAAGAUCUAGAAAAGUCAUGGUUACUUCUGGCAGAUAUCUACAUACAGUCUGGGAAGUAUGACAUGGCAACAGAGUUGUUGAAGAGAGUCUUACAGCACAAUAAGUCAUGCUGUAAGGCGUAUGAGUACCAGGGCUUCAUUAUGGAGAAGGAACAAUCUUACAAGGAUGCUGCCAACAGUUACGAAAACGCAUGGAAAUAUGGAAAUAAGAACAAUCCUGUCAUAGGAUUCAAGCUGGGUUUCAACUACCUGAAGGCCAAACGAAUGGUGGAUGCAAUAGAUAUUUGUCACCAUGUGUUAGCAUCUCAUCCAAACUACCCAAAGAUUAAGAAGGAGAUUCUCGACAAGGCAAGACAGAGUCUACGAGUGUGAUGGGAAAUACAACAGUAGAAUUCCAGUUCUUAGACCGUCAGGACAUUUUCUCAUUGACACAUGGCACAAGAAGGUCGUGACUUCAUGUAAAACAGGAGUUACACCUGUCCUGCACUAAGCACUCACAUUUUGUAAAAGUCUAAGGGACUAGCAUAUUAAUUUUUUUGGUGAGGAAAUUCCAAGUGGCACCAAGAUAAGUAAGGGUUGACAGCAAUAAGGUCCUAGAUGACAUUAACUAAGAAGCAGAUAGAACCAUCUCACUUUCACCUGGAAAAGAAGGGACUUUUCACCAGAGUAUUAUCUUUUAUAACAAAUAUAGAUUAAAAUCUGAAAAUUGGACUAUAUUUUACCAUGACUGUGUAAGUGCUCAGUAUGGCAUUAAUGGAAAAUUGCUGAAUAAUUGUAUAUUUCAAUAAGAUUACUAUAUGAACAGAAGUAUUUAAGUUUUUAUGAUUGUUUACCCCUAAUGUAUUUAUCUUUCUUGCAUACCUGAUAAGAGAUUAGAGGUUAAAUUUGGAUAAACCAAAGUGUGGGCUGUUUUAAAUGUUCUGAAAUGACCUAUUAAAAUGAUUUUGUUCAAGAGCUUUUUCCAUUGAAUUUACAGUGCACAUAUCAAGAUGCUUCUGUGAUGUGACAGUUUGAAUAUCAUCUUGUAGUUGUGUAUUUCUUGUUUAUUAAGGAAGUGUUCAUCUUGUAGGAAUACAAACUAGACCCUUUAACUGACUGAGGCUGUGUUCAGAAAAAAAUGUUUUCCAUCAAUAUUUCAUCGCUUUUGAUCGAAUGUUAUGGAAAUAUCAAAACAGUGUUUUUGUCUUGUAUACCGGAUUUUGUCCUGAACAAAAUACACUGUACUCUAUAUGUAUACAAAUACUAUAGUGUUUCUUAACGCACUCCCUUGCUACGUUUUGUUUAAAAAAGUAAGUGCUUUGAAUCUCUGACACAUUCUAUUUGAGUUUAUUUUAUAUGUUUGUAUAAAAUGUUUAUCUACCAUUCCGUCCGAUGUGAUCUGUUUAUUUAUUUAUGAUUUGAAAGAUAUUUGUAUAUUGAUGAUUCAUUGAGUGAUAAUGUUAUUUAAUAAAUACUAUAUUUGAUGAA